AUGGUAAGAUGUAAAACGCUUCCUACCUGUAAAAAACAACCAAAUAUCUUUUAUCCACAACAAGAGGACGAUAUCAGAGUAUGUGUCCGAAAACGCCCGCUUAAUGACAAUGAAAUCUUGAUCAAUGAGAGAGACAUUGCCGAUAUCCGUAACAAUUAUACUCUUAAAAUCGAUAAACCUAGAACUAGGGCAAAUACUAGGAAUUGUAUUGAACGUCACUCGUUCACAUUUAAUGAAGUUUUUGACGAAGACGAUAACGGCAAUGAGGUUUUUAUAAAAACGGCAUUACCAUUGAUCAAAUUUAUUUUCAACGGGGGAAAAGCUACGUGCUUUGUGUAUGGUCAGUCAGGGAGUGGCAAAACCUUCACUAUGUUUGACCAGAAAUAUGGUAAGUAUUGUCUUUGUGCCUUUGCAGCUCAAAAUAUUUUUACAUCAUUAAAGGAAGAAAAGAAUAGUCAUUUAGAGGUGUAUGUAGCAUUUUACGAAAUUUAUAAUAAACAGCUGCACGAUUUAUUGGAUAAUCGAAAGAAGAUUGUGGAAUUAAAAGAACGUCAAGCUAAAAAUGAUAUAAAUCUGUUGGAAUUUAUUAAACUCGGAAAUACUAAUCGGAGCACCGGUUCUACUGGAGCAAUCUUGCAGAUAAUAUUGAAACAUAAAAACGAAUUUCAUGGUAAAAUUAGUUUUGUCGACUUAGCCGGAAAUGAUAGAGAACUUUCUGAUAUGAAAUCAAGGUAUGCGAUAAUGGAAAUCAACCAAAGCUUGUUGACUUUAAACGAAUGCAUCCGAGCUUUGGAUCAAAAUAAAAAACGUAUACCUUUUCGUAAUAGUAAAUUAACGCAAGUGUUAGAAGAUUCCUUCGUCGAAAAUUCAAGAAUUUGCAUUAUCGCGACAAUAUCACCGAACGAGUCGAAUAUUAGACACACAUUUAAUACUUUAAGAUAUGCUUGCAGGUAA